AUGCAGCACUCUCAGCUCGCCCCGCUACCAACAGAGCUGCCCUUUCGCAUUGUGUCCAAAACAAUCGGCCAGGGCGCUUAUGCAUGCAUCAAGAAAGCAUGUCCGCUCCAAGACAACCAGCCGGUCUUCGCUGUCAAAUUCAUACACAAGGAGUAUGCCGCCCGGCAUGGCAAGAUCGGGGCUAGGCAGCUGCAGAUGGAGGUGACGGUCCAUAAGCAUAUUGGUGAUCACAGAAACAUCAUAUCCUUCUUCCAUACCGGCGAAGACCCGACGUGGCGAUGGAUCGCAAUGGAGCUAGCCGAGGGGGGUGACCUUUUUGACAAAAUCGAAGCGGACGAAGGCGUUGGAGAGGAUAUUGCGCACCUCUAUUUUACCCAACUCAUCAGCGCCGUCAGCUAUAUGCACUCCAAGGGAGUUGGACAUCGCGAUCUCAAGCCGGAGAAUGUGCUGUUGUCUGCGGACGGCAACUUGAAAAUCGCCGAUUUCGGCCUGGCAACUGUCUUCGAGUACAAUGGCAAGAUGAAGAUGUGUACCACGCUCUGUGGGAGCCCUCCAUAUAUCGCCCCCGAAGUGAUAUCAUGUAGCACACGAGGUCAAACCAAGGGUGUAGGCUAUCGAGCCGACUUUGCAGAUAUUUGGUCUUGCGGAGUCGUUCUCUUCGUGCUGCUUGCCGGCAACACGCCUUGGGAUAGCCCAACUGAGAAUAGCUUCGAAUUCAGUGAAUAUCUAGAGAAAAACGCCAGGACAUCUGACGAGCUUUGGCAGCGAUUACCGACGGCGGUGCUGUCGCUUCUAAGAGGUAUGAUGAAGGUUGAUGUGGACAGCAGAUUUACAAUGGAAGACGUGAGGAGACACCCGUGGUUUACUCGGCCGAAUAGAUAUCUCUCUACAGAGGGCAAGUUAAGAGACCAGGUGAAUCUCGCAACUAGCAUGUUUGAGUCUUUACACAUCGACUUCACGCAAGACCCACUCGCACAGUCACAGCGAAGUUCCCAGAGGGCUUCAUCUUCUGCUAUGGACAUGGAUGACUUGGAGGCGAGAUUGUCAUCCACCCAACCAGAUAUGCCCAUGGGCAAUGUGACUGUCGACUGGGAUAUGCCCCUCGUCAACACAUUUUCCUCGACACAGCCAGCAGACCACCAGCCCAUGUCUAUUUCACAGGAUUACCAACAUGCCGAUCGUUUAGAAGACGAACCUGCCAUGUCCCAGUUUAGCCAGAACCCCUCGGUGCCGCUCAGCCGAACACAAAAUGCGCAGAAAUUCCACGACAUCAUACCAUCACGGUCUUUAAAUCGAUUUUACUCGAGCUGGGCGUUGAAAUUACUCGUCCCAGUGCUGAGCGAAGCUCUUCAUCGACUAGGAGUUCCGGUGCCCCCUCAAAUAGCUGGCAUCGAUUAUGGUGGCCCGGUUGUCAUCCGUGUCGCCACAAAAGAUCAACGGCUUUGUCUAUUGCAAGGAAAUAUUAUUGUGGAAUGUGUUUCGGAAGGCUUAUUUGAGGUUGAGUUCAUUAAGGUCAAGGGUGAUCCUCUAGAAUGGAGGCGCUUUUUUAAGAAAAUUGCGGUUUUGUGCAAAGAUGCAGUAUAUAAACCUGACUAA